AUGGGCAAACGAACUCUCAUCAGUGAUGUCGUCCAAACUCCAAGGGGAGUCCAUUUGCGGUUUGGAGACGUUUCAGCCGAUGAAAUUGCUAUUGACGAGGAAAUAUCUAUCAAGUCAUCCCUCUUUCGAGCGUCAACUGAAUCACGUAUGAAGACACGCUCAAGUUCCAGAAGGAAGUCUCUGAUUACCCCUAGUACAAAGGAAAAGUAGGUUUUUUUUAUUGGCGCUAACUUCAACAGGUUUGUCGUACGGAAAUCGACGGAUCUUAGGAGAUUCAAAACCGUAGAAGAUCGGGUGAAUGCCAUAAUAUCAAGUCCAAUGGUGGAGGUUCGGCGCCGUCCCUUAGGUCAAUCUCAAUCCUUCACGUCAAUGGAUGGUAAGAGAUCGUUUUUUUGCCUAAAACACUCAGUUGAUCAACCCCGAACUCCUCUUCACGUACCCAAGAAAAAUGACGGUAUGGCGAUAGCUUCCCGCCGGCUGUCAACAUUGCUUCUCUCGAAACACGCCGCACUAGCACAGUCCAUGCCGUCAUUAGGAACCGAGAGGGCAUCUGUUUGUCCAGGAGCCCUCAGUAGGCGCAGGACCUCUGCAUUCCAUACGAACACGCCCGUUCGUCGUUCGGAAUACUUCGGGUAAUUGUCCUUGUGGGGCUGUUUUCAAUCAACGGAAUGCCUCUACAUUCAAAUACUGUUGUCCAAACUUUCGGCGCAAUAUUUAUUCCGGCGGAUUAUUUCUUUUUCAGGCUUCCCCUCUAUAGUAUUUACUUUAGUGGCAUUCUUGCACAUCACCUGCCAGCACUCACUCGGGUUGUAAAACAACUGUGCUGACUAUUUCGAUCGCUCAUAGUGCACCUAAAGUCGUCAGAACUGGUUGUCAAAGCCAACACGAGACCAUUUAAGCUUUACGUUUGCGCCUUGAGACCGAACCAUCGGUGUCGACGAACCAAUUCUGGAAUAAGACUUUCAUGUACUGGACGCGUGUUAGCCUAUACGUAAUACCUCGCCGACCAGAAAUGGUCAAGAUGCAGUAAAUUAACUGCUGGUCACGACUUCCAAAUGCAGGGCGCAUUUUGUCCUGCUUCUAGUCGUCAGUCUUUCCCCCUGAACCACCGUGUAGUUUGAGGACGUCUUGGCACUGUUUGAUUACAGGAUCUUCGGGCCAGAGUUUGAGAUAUGAAGGCCAUACAGACGCCUCUACUAGAGUGGUCAUCAAGGCAGAUGGUAAAUCAAUGUUUAAAGGUUGCCUUGAAAUAGAUCUUGAAAUUAUCCCAGGUCUCCGCAAUCGUUCACAAUCGUGUCACUUACGCAGUCAUCUACCAGUACCGUUUUCUGCCGUAGUGGGCUUGUUUCAGUCGCCAAGACCCUGAAUACGGCUAGUGUUGCCAACGGCUCACUCAACUCUGUCUCCUGGAUUCUACAUUUGAAUUUGCUUGUUCAUCGGGAUUCACCGUGAUUAAUGCUGCAUAAUGCCGUAUUAUCAAAGCUAUUUAGGUUGAUUCAAGCGUACUACCAAAGAAGGGCGAAGUCCAGAUGAAUGGGGGAGGGGGUGGUUUAUUUGAUGUCGCUUAGGAUUUUCGUCAGAACUGAUCUCAUUAAGUCUAUUUGCUUGCAUGUUAAGCGGCUUCCUUUAGAAUGUACCGUCAGACCAUUCUCGUGUUACAGUAGGUCGUGAUACAUUUUAUAGAGCCUUAAAACACAAAAAGCUGGUACAUCGUGCGGGACCACGCUGUUUGUGACGCACAGACGAUCCGCUUAGCUUUGUCAGCCAUUGGGCCAAAACCCGCCACCGAGUCAAUAUGAGUUAGACAGAUGCUGCGCAAGUCUGCUAUCACUAAACUAAUUCACGUGCAAGACCGUUCUGUAUCCGCCACGUCGUGGGGCGCACGGUGGUAAUCAUCGGUCGCGUUGGUCAAACUGUUUAUCGACAGUUGCGAUGGAAAAAUUACAAUCUUACUGGCCUUGCCUGCUCAAAGCAAUUGUCAAUUUCGGUUUCCACCCGUUGCUCUUUCAAGAUAGAUGACAGAAAUCAAAGACGAGACGGAUUUUCUUGCGCGUAGACAGCUGUACGCAGUAGUCCAUGCUGGGUUAUGAAUCGCAUACCCCAGUUGCCGCUAUUCUUGAUGUUUUGUUUUGUUGUUGGGUUAAAAGCCAUCCUUGCGAAUAUUUGAAGUCUCGGCUGCACACUUUGCGGAACGGGAUUGUGACGGACAGCGAAACGAUGUGAGGAAUGGUAAGAGACGGCAUUGAAGGUCAGGUCUUCAGCUGCUAUGUCGGAAGCACCACCCAUAGCACCCGACGCUGGAAUCUCAGAAACCGCCGGGCUGACCGAGCCUGCGCACAUGCCCUCUGUAUUUAACUGUUGUAGGCCUGUUCUGUUGCCUGGUAUUCCGCAAGCCUUAUACUCCAAUUUUGGGCUGUCAUCCUAGUAGUAGUGAUGGAAAACUGCCGGCAUUACCCGUUGCAUCAUUGAAGGAAGCCAUCCGUAACUGUUACUCAAAAGUCACGAACAUCUUGGAUGGUCAGUGUAAGUCGGACUUGAGGCGGUGACACUAAGGCGGUUUUUGUUCGAAUCUAGCGUUUCAUUGUCUCAUGAGCAACAUCAUGACUCAUUAAGUCGUGGCUUGAAAAUUUGCCAGAAAAUAGGGUAACUCUGUCCAAAUCAGUACUGACGGUCAGGCCAUAAUGGAUUUUUUUCAAUGUGGUUUAUAUAGCACUUUCACUUCUGCUUCAGAAGUCUGUCCUACUAGGAUAAAGUUCUCCCUUAGGCCGCCGCCGUUCACUUCCUGGGACCGUGACGGUCGUUGUCACUUGGGACUAACAAAUUUGCUAAGUUGGACGUGACAAGAUGGAUUAAUACCAAUUGCAUGAACUUAGUAUAUAAGCCUGAUUAAGUCGCUGGAUCUUAGUCUUCGACCUAGUUUUCAGAACCAAAGCGUCUGAUAUUCAGCAGUCAUAAUCUUAUCGCCAGCACGAUAUUUCAUCCUCACUUUCAUGAAAAAGUAGCACAUACAUCUUCCGUAGUGUUCAGUUCAUCUACUUUAAAUUACAGCUAUUACUUUGGAGUUCUGAACAUUGGCGCAUAAUCUAUAUGCUCAUGUUGCGCUAGUUCUUCAUUUUCUAUUCUAUGAAACACAUGUUAAAAUUUCUCGCCAUCAGCCGGUUGUGCUGUACGAAUAAUUCCUGCUUCCAAUUGGGUAAAUAUCGAUUUCAGUUCACCUUCGUCAAUGGCUCCGCCAACCCAUGAAAGUCCAGCCCAUGAGGUAGUCAAAGCUGAUGCAGAACCCGAGCCGGUGGAUGACUCUGAAAACCUACCGCCUGGAAAUGAGGCGAAGCCGAUCCCCGAAUCAGCGCCAUCUGAACGGAUGGAGCCGUCAUCUGUUGGAGAGUUUCGUGUUCUGGUCGACAUGGAGGCCGCUAGGCUUAAAGCUACGAAGGCAGCAUGGGAGGAUGUUGUUGAUGAGGAGGGUAGCGCUAUACCUGAUGUCGGCAAGUUAUAUACUAUUUUCUUCCUACUUAAUUACUUACUAGUACCUAAACUUUUAAAUGUCUAUUGCGAUCGAAAUAACCGGUCCCUACUUUACAGCCCUUGAUAGCAUUCGCGCCGCAGUGGGAAAGUGCGGCCUAUUACUGGCCAAAAAGUUCCCCUUCUUCCACCACCUUAUUGACAUGGCGGAUGCCAGUCUCCACCCACUGGAAUCGGCCACUGAAACACCUACUCCCUCCGCUGACGUCAAUGAUUUGCUCGGGUAUUGGACCACCAUCGCUUCCGAGAUUGAACAAAUUGACAGUGCAUUCGAGCGCCUUCGAAUGUGGCGCGAGAAUUCUAGAUGGGCAUUGGAAUCGCAGCCUAAGACACCGAAUCGGUUUGAGGCAAAGAAAGAGCCUACCAAACUGGCUUCUCGCCUUCCUCGUGCCAGGAAGGAUUUAAAUCCAUUCGCGUUGCCGAAGAAUGUCAGCAGCAAGAUCAAGGACACUCCCAAAUCGUCGAAGGUAUUACUUUAGAGAGAAACUUAUUCUAUGGUCUCUCAUCCCUAUCAUUUUGACUAGCGCCUUGCCCGUACCGUCCAGCAAGCCUGAGGGAGAGAACGUUCACCACUUUGAAAUUCCUUGUAAUGCAAGUGUUGGGCGUUAUUUAUUGUUACGACUAGGGUUUCAGAAGUCGCUCUUCCAUAUUUUCGAUAUUCUUUUCAUCGACAGAAAAAACUUGAUGUAAAACAUCCGAUAAAUUAAUAUUUUGUGUCAUUACUUUAAAAUGCGUGGUUUCUAAGUACACUAAAUGUAUUUUAUACUAAACUUGGUGAAAUAGUGACGCAUUUCCCCAUGAUUUCUGUUCUCCAGCCUGUUUCCCAUCCAAAAAGCAAUCAGGUAGAUAUUCGCAUCGAAGAUUUUAUUUACAGAGGAUGUAUUCCAAUAUAUUUUCCACUUUGUUUUCCUCAGCGUCUCCUCCGUUCCUCUAAAAAGACAGCCUCGAAGAUCCCGGCUUCAUCAACAUUCAAGAGAUCUAAUUUCGCUGAAUUUCGAGCUCAGCUCAAAGCCAAAAGAGCAGAAACCUUCAAAACCCCUGAGGCACCCAAGGUGACAAGGACAACUAGUAAGUUUUAUUAACUAGCUGUUUGCGUUUUUCACAGCCUCGGGGAAACUGACUGAUUUUACCUUAACUAACCUUGCGGACUUGCAUUUCAAUAACCCCUCCCAGCCGACCCGAAAAUACAAGUGUGUGAUUUUCUUAGUCGCCUCUUUGCAACGAACCUGUUUGCUUGCUAAAAUCUACAAGUCGACACUGGUGCCCUGGCUCCACGAGGUGUCAACAAGCGUGGGAAGAUGAAGUCGCUCCUGGUGACACGGGCUUGGUCAUACGGCCGGUCAGAUCGGCUGUAUUAUAGGCUGGUUCAAGGCUACACAGCCGGGUUCACGAUAGCAGAUCGACGCAUGGGGCCGAGACCGAUAACGAGCAUGGGUCAGACCGUUCUCGUUCGCACACGGCUGAAAGCGCACCUCUCAUCCGGACCAAGAUGCCACGUACUAUUCGCCUUAAUGUCGCAAAGAAUGAGACACGAUCGCUGGAACAAGAGCUUUAUUAGCCGGACGUUUCGGAUUCUCGGCGAUCGUGUUUCUUUCUUCGCGACUACUUCCUGGAUCUCGUCUCCUCCUUUCUAUUAGCAAAACCUCGACGAACCAGCACCCCAGAGGCCUUAAGCUUAGAAAUCCGGCCUUUUAUUAUGAUCCAAUCCGACGGAGAAGGCCGUAGCCAAUGGUCACCAAUGAAGUCGUCAGUCUAUGAGGCAGCUGAGAAGACUCUUGGUUCAUUCAUUGGCACCAAAGUGCCUACAUCAGCCGAAAGACCCUGCAGUUGUCUGCCCAGACGGUUCACUUCAGCUCGUCCAAUGAUGAUACCUUCGCCGACCGCGAAAAACGAUGGCAAAGUCGACUAGGGAUGACCGACGGAUGUAUUGGGUUGAAACAUUAACCUCCAUGGAACAGACAUUGACUUACUUAUACUUGGUACGGCUGCGAUUAUGCCUGGUCUAGCCGGACUAGAUGAUGUCCCGAACUGUACCUGUCCGCGCGCGACGAUUCGCGACAGCAGAUCUGGAUAGUCCAACCCAUUCUUUUCGCCGACGACGGAGACCGAAUACUGACGGUCCAAGAACCACUUCCGUGUCAUGACGAACUGUGUCGAGCCAGGUUCUGAAUUGACCUCCUCUUCGGGGAUAACGUAGCCGGAUCGAGGGCAGUAACACUGAGCUCCUGAGGUGGACGACGAAGGACAGGCCCAAACCACCUCAGUCGUCUUUCUUGGGUGGCCUGGAUUAUCCUUACGAUGACUCAGCGAGUGCUGACUGUCUCAUUUGAGGCGAAGUCGGUAUCCUUCACUCGAACGAUGGUCCUCAAGCACUUGUGGUCAAAUGCCUUCAGUUUUCGCUCGUCUUCACGCGCACAGCCCGGCAUUCACAACCGUAGAGAAGAACAGACCGGAGGAACGCAUGGUACACGCGAAUCUUGGUGGCAAUGGAGACUUGGGAAAACCUGGCGGGAGUCAUCAAAUCUGGAGACAAUGUCUUCCUCACUCUAUCCAUCCGACAGCAGUCUAGCCCGAGAUAUUUAAAACUGUCUACUUCUUCAAUUUGACAGCCCUAAAACCUAAAAAGUGCCUUCUCUUGGUUGGGGAUGCAGCUUGAAAACACCUUGGCCUUUACAACAUCUAUGGAUAAACCAACAGAUUUAGCGACCUCGUUCAGUCGUGACACCAUUGAAGCUAUUAAGGUGAUAUCAUCGGCAUAAGCGAGUUCAGUCAGCCAGUAUCCGGGAGUAAACUCAACACCGUCAUCUUCGUGUGGGGCCCUCCCAAAAAUCGAGUCAAUAGUGCGGUUGAACGGAACGGGCGACAGGAUACAACCCUGCCGAAUGGCAGAUCGAAUACCGAGCGGUUGGAAAAGGUUGUUGUGGACUAGAACUCGCGCAGUGGUGGGACGACUAGGCCCUGAUCAUAGCUAUUAUUUUUGGCCGUGUGCCAUCUGGUGCCAUUAUCCGCCACGGGGACUCCGGAUGGACGGAAUCGAACGCGGCAGCAAAGUCAAAAAACAGACGGCUGUCGGUUACUGGCAGCUAUGGCCGAAUUUGCGAAUGCACCCCAUUGUAAAUACCUGGUCCGUACAUCCACGUCCAGCACGAAAUCCGGCUUGGGUUGGCCUCGUUCUUGAGUUACGAACGGCCUGGAAUCGCCUGAGAAGGAUAUUAACGAAGAUCUCCGCAGCAACACCGACGAUGCAUAUGCCGCGGUACUUCUUGCAUCUCGUCUUAUCUUCCUUCUUGAGGAUAGGCGCAAGGAUGUCCGAGCCCUCGUCAUCAGGGACAACCUUAUCUUAUCACUCCUGUUCACUAACCUCAUAGAGCCAGGGCGUCUGAGUGUCGGCACAUAACUUGUAGAUUUCCGCGGGUAUACCGUCUUCUCAGGGUGUCUUCUUGUUGCGUAGCCUUUGUAUGACAUAAGCGACUUCUUCAGAAGGAAGUCGCUUGGCAUUGUAUAGUUUGGAGAAGGAAAAAACCCCGCUGCAGAGGAGAGCAAGGGCGUGGUGGGUUAUGCAUCGUAAUUGAGAUAGUGCUCGAAGUGCUCACACCGGUGCUCGACUUUGGCUCAGUUGUCAGAAAUAAAGCCGCCAUUCGCGUCGUGAACAGUCACUCAGUGCAGACGGCUUACCACUAGCAUGGCGUAUAAAUUGGUAGAGUUUUCGAGUGUCACCAAAGUUCGCGACCCGUUCCAUGGAGGUCGCUAUUUCAGCCCAAUAUUUCUUCCGGUCAUCCCUGGCCGACUUUGCUGUCAUCUGAAGUUGGCGGAAGGAAUCGUCAUUGGGGACCUAGCUUGAGCCGUCUGCAGGGUUCUUCCCCUGAUCCAGUCACUGCGGUGUCGCUGGGUAUAUCCAAGAAUUCUCUCAGGUGCACCACAGACUGAUGUUUUCAGUGACGACCACUGGUUACUGCCUUCUCCGUCGGCUAGGGCCGUAAAACAGGACCGGAUUUAUCUGCUCAGAGCCUCGGCAAUGCUGAGUUGUCAGAUUUUUUCUCCAUUGGGGUGUCCAACACGUGGCAUUUUUGGCGCGGAUGAGAAGCGAACUUUCAAGCGUAUACGGACAUGGUCCGACCCAUGAACGUUACCCGUCUGGGCACCACGCAUCGAUCUACUAACGUGAACCCAGCUGCGAAACCUUGAGCUGAUUAGAAUGUAGUCAGUAUGACUGACCGUAUGACUAUCUUGUGAAUACCAAGUUUGCUUCGAUGUUGGAAGCACGUCUUGGUGACAAGCAGUCGAUUCUAACAAAGUUCAGCAAUUUCUGGCCAUUGUCACAUUGAGAACCAAGCCCACAGCGGCCAGUAAGAGGACUGUUUGUGAAGUCGCCGGGUCCAGUCCGGCCAUUCCAAUCUCCGUCUACAAUCAGCAGGUAGUGGCAAGGGAGUCUUUCAACUAACUCUUGCAGCUGUGAGUAAAACGCCCUUCUAUCGCGAUGUUCGGCAGCCGAAGUUGUUGCGUACACAGAGACGAUAGAGAUAUUCGGGAAGUGGCCCUUCAGUUGCACCUAGGCAAUUCGGUUGUUGGCUGGUCCCCAAGUAAGUAAAGCGAGGUUCGUUUGUUGCAAAAGGGCUAUCGCCAUACCGUAUGUCAGAAGAGUCGCAUGGGCCGCUGUGGUACAGGGUGAAAUUCGAGUCGACUCCAGGGAUCUUAAUUUGCCGACAGCCUAAGUAGAUAAGUCGGACUUCAGCUAGGCAGCAGACCUGCACGUUGUACUGAUAAAGGUUGCGCGCGGUCAGACUUUAGGUUCCAGAUCCCAGAAGCGUUCGCACACUCCAGCAUCCAAUACCAAGAGUCCGUCCCUGCUUGCGUAGUCCAGCUUGCACACUAUUCGCCCGCACCACUGGAAAUGCGGACGCUACGCCGUGGAUCGUAAUACUGUAGUUGAAGUUUCUUGGAACCUUUGAGUACUGACGAAUCCCCGACAGCCACUCGAAUUAUUUGUUCGAGGUUGUCUCCUCUAACGCUUUGGCUUAAAAGCCUAGACACAGGGCAGCGGUGGCAAGCAAACUUUUUUUUAAUGGAGGUUCACGGUCGCCAUGUCGCAGUAGUGCAAUCGGGUUUUGCGGCUUAUUCGUCAGACCUGGGUCUGCUUGCUUCGCAGUCAACCCUCAUUGAAGGCCGUUCCACUAUCCGCCACCUGUGGACCCUCCGGGUAUCCAGUAGGCUAACGGGCAAGCCGUUUUUCCGGUCCCCACGCUACCGGCAGUUGCUGAGUUACGUGCAUCCAUCGCUUACUCGUGACAAAGGCAUUGUGUGCUACCGGAUGCUAGACUGAUCCCAACCUAGUGCUACUGAAAAGUCGACCACAAAUCCAACCUCUGGGAAAGACUGAACUCUGCAGUACUGGAAAACGUCGACUGCGGUUAGGGUCUCACCGGCAGAAUGAACGCCAACCCGCAGGGUGAACAUGUUAAAAACACGUGAAACAGAUUUCGCGACGCCUUCUGCACCGCUGUUACCGAAUUUUUUGAGAAUGCGCGCCGACAUCGACACGCGAUGGUCGACACCGGAGUCUACCACCUGCUUCUUCAAACGAAGUAACUUCUCAAAGCCCACUUGAGGCAUGCUUCAUUAGUAACACAGACUACCGGAGAUGCAAGAAAUUGAUUGUCCUGGAGGGCAGAAUACAUCUGAGGAUUCGCGUUGUAUAGUAAAUUUAAGAACAUCACAACCAUCAGGAAGUUAACGAACCCUAUCUCCCCUGCAACUUUUUCACGGUUCUGUUGGGAGGAGGCCAUCCUGCUAGGAGAUAAGGAUUUACCAUUGCCGCGCCGAGUAUUUUGGGUACGUUUUCAAUCGUCCCAGUCUGCGGAAGACCGUUACCAGACUUAGCUAAAUGAAAAUGUGCGCUUACACCCAUCGUCUGCCGUCCUUCAGAGAGACAGCCGGAGCAUUGCGGAAGCCGCUCAACGACAAAGCCCCGACGCGCAUUCUUCACAAUCUCUUGACUGCACACCUGGAAGAAUGACAUUUCCAAAGACUAAGUGGAUUUCGGAGACACUACGAGACAGCCGACGUGAUACAGACAACGCGAGAACUACGGAAAAAAGCAGGGAAUUCGGGCCAGCCUCCACACAACCUUUCCACAUCCUCCUAUACCGCGAGCGCAUACUCCUGGCCGGUCGUGCCGGUUGGACAUGUAGAUGUUUUCCUCUGUAAAUCCAACAGUGCCUCAGACCAGCUGCUCUCGAUAACUAAACGGUUAAAACUUCCCAGCCCACACAACCCCAGACCACAGAAUUCGACCCGAUAUUUCGUCCAUUGCUAGCAGUGAAAAGUGCUGUUCCGGCUAGGGCGAAGUGGUAAAGUAAGCAUGUCUCCCAUCUACCUCAAGCAGCCUUUGGCUGUUCAUGGUGAAGAACCUAACCGUCAGGUCCGGGUUAUGUCAACUCCGCUCCCUCUCUUCCCUCGGUCGGUCGGUGAUAAGGCUGAGUGUAGCGGCUGACGUGACCUAAAGUCUACCGCGUGCAACAUGCAACGUUUACUGCUAAAUUAGGGACUCGGCGCAGCCCGACAAACGCACGCCACAAGCCAAUAUGGCCUUUGCUCGGGUUCAGCGCAUCAAUCGCGCAACCUGCGGAGGAGGGACAGAAACUGGUUUAAACCGAAAAUAGAUCGCGCAUGCUUGUCUAGCUUUAUAUCGUUUGUCGUUCUAGUGUGGGAUCUGAUGGACUGGCCGUGGGACCUUUGUCCGCGCACUUUGUUUCCAACUGUCAACCUUCUCUAUUCUCCGUGUGCUACAGUUUCAUUCGUGGACACACGUCACUCGCCCAACAUAUACUUAGACUACUUACUCGCAGUUAUUUGUUUACCAAUCGCAAACAACAUCCACAACAGCACCACUCUCUAAGCCCACUUAAGGGCUAACGAAAAUCCAUUCCAACACUGCAUACCCCUUUACAUAUUUCACCAAAGACUGCUCGUCACCCAGAUCACAAAUCCAACCCGGUGUAGAUGACCAUUUCCAAUUACGAUGUGCGAACGCUGAGGACUAAACACAGUACCUGUGCUAACUCAUGAAAUGUCAUGAAUUAACACAGGCAAACAACUUUUACGCAGAAUCGGUAAACACUACGGCUCCCAAAGUCUGAUAGCGGAAAAUAAAAGAUGUUUCAAAGAAAUAAAGCAAAGUUUGGUUUAGAAAAUAUUAUUUACUGAGAUAAAAAUAAAUAAUUUUCGACAAGAGUCACAUUUUCGAGAAACGCCUAUAUUACAACCAAGUUAAUAAAGGCUACGUAUGAGGGCGUAUAAAGGAGGAGGGCGCAUAAAAGGGCAAAAAUAAUUAAGGAUAGAAACAGAUACAAAAAAUCAGUACUUUGUUGAUUGUCUAUUUGAUUUAAUAACGGCAGAAAGUCUGUCAGACUUAGACAUGACGAGGUUAUCUAUGGUGGAUUGUAAAAUGUAAUUAUUGAGUAUGAAAUCCAAUUUUUCCUGCAUUGAAAGAGUCUUAUUAGCUUUGUGCCAAUUUCUUUUGACUAUUCCAAAAAGAUUUUCGAUAGGAUUCAAAUCGGGACUGUUGGCCGGGAUGAAAAUGGAUUGGAGGCAAAUUGCGGAGAGGGUGGUUGUUGUCUAAAAUGUUAGAUUAUAUUUGCAAGCGGCAUCAAAUUCGUACCUCUUUAGAGCGGUGGACAGGUGCAUUGUCGUGCAAAAUUACAGUAUCCAUUCGGCGCCGACUUAUGCCGUUGUAGCCGAAAGCAUCCUUGACAAUUGCAAUAAACACCUUGCUGUUGAUGGUGUCGGAUAUUGACCGCCAGACAGGCCGCUCACCGAAUUUAAUCGCCAUCCAAACCAUCAUCCGCCGACAGUUCUUGAAUGUUGCCGUCGGUGUAGUGCGUCCUCUUUGGAAGUUCUUUCCACAUAUGACGGUUUGGAGCGAUUUCGUAGGCUUGUCUAAAAAUAAAACCUCAUCGCAGAAGAAAAUGCUCUUCCAAAAUGAAGAUCUGUAAUCAAUAUACUUCUUAGCAAAUAAAAGCCGUUCUCUAAUUAGUUUUCUACUUAAAUAUGGCUUAAUCAUGGCCUUCAGCCGCUGCAGUUCAAAUUCCUUCAUCCUUUUCCUAAUGAUAUUCAUAGAAAACAUCGACAGAUGUUCCCGUUGAAUGGUCUCAAUGGGCAUGUAAUGAAACUUUUUUAAUGUACGACGAAUAAAAUCGUCGUCUUGCUUACUUGUGGACCGUUUGAGUCCCCCUAUCUUAUUUUCAGGAACAGUUUUAUCAUUAAUAAUGCGCCACAGAGUGACCUUACUAAUAUUGAAAAUACUAGCUAACGACUCACGCGGGAUCCCCUCCGCCGCUAAUUUUCGAAUACGCUGGAAGUCAACUUCGGAUAAGUAUUGCUUAGACAUAGGUAUCGUUUGGCGUGAUAGAGAAAAGUGACGGCAUGUCGCGCGAACUCAAUAUAUAUUCGUUUACGAUACGCAUUUUCGGUCUGGUAGAACAAUCACACUGAUAAACUUUUUUAUUUCGGUAUUUUGAAACAUAAAACUUUACGGAUUUGUAAAAUAGAAUUUUUAGAUGAAGAAUCUCAUCUUAUUUCCUGAACACAAUAAGAUAUAAUUUAUCUGCAUUUCCCUAAUCUUCUUGAUAUUGAAAUUUUUUAUUUUUGUACGAAAGUUUAUUAAAAAAUUUUUUCCUUUUAUUAAUCUCCUUAAACAGAUUAUUAAGGUAAAACAAGGAAUUUCGAUCCGAAAGCUUUAAUAGCGUGGGAAACUGCUUGAAUAUCAGGAAUCCUCCGAUUUCGCCUAAAUUCCGCCCGUUUUCUAUUAAAUAUACAGAUCCGUAUCAAACUUUCCUUCAGCAAACAGCCUUUUCGUCCUUAUUUCAACUAAAUAAACACAAAUAACAACACCAAAAAAUACGCUACAGUUUCCACUCUAAUUUUGACCUCGGCAUUUCAUGAGUUAGCACAGAUACUGUAUAUGCGCGGGGUAGUAAAAUGCUAACCGGUGGACCGUAUGUAUGAGAGUGGUGGUAAUAGGGGUUAUACGAGUGGGGCUUUACAUCAGGCAGCGGGGAGGCGGAGGAGCGAAAUGGAAAAAUAAAGUCGAAAGCUGCCAUGGGGUCUUGUCUGCGGUACAAUAAUAAGCCGAAAUCAGUCGCUUUACUCAAGCAAAAAUAAAAAUAUAUUAAUCGGAAAAAUUGAGAAAACUCAAUGCAUCACCGCUGGCUAAUUUACGUGGGAUCAGAAUCCAAGGUGGUUCAUGGUCACAAGGGGAUAGAGGGCAAUGAGUGACAGGUGGUGCCAAUUCGCGCAGAUCGUGGAAAGUAACGGCAAACUCAUCAACUAAACAAGUAAGUGCAAGCCAUGGAGUGAGAAGGAAGACAACCAAUCUUAGAUUGUAAAAACAAGUACCGCUGCUUACCAGAUUAACCAACGUUUUAACGCUCCUGCUUUACUGGCAGACACAUGCAUUCUGUCUACAAAUAUUUGAAGAAUUUCUUUACCACCCGUUUGCUCUCUGUGCUGAACUUUUUUAAAACUGGGCUUUCAAAGCAGUUUGCCACUUACUAGUAAUACACUGAAUUUCUACUGUUUGAAAUAAAGUUAGUUAUGCGGACUCAUCAAAAUGUCCGAUUGGAAUCUGUCUGGAAAAACGUUAUUUUUGCCUUUUACUAAAGAAUUGCGUAUGGGGGGUGCAAAAAAGAGAGCCAAUGUAGACAUUUCAGCACCGACCGCUCGGGGCGGUACGGAUCAACGAAUGUCAUCCUGCCGACAAAAUGCCGGCCAAAAACUACCGAAGAGCACCUCCUUUGAAAAAUAUGGAAGGUAGUUCUCCAUAGUUUUUCCUUACCUCGCGCAUUAUACUUAGUCUUUAUGAGGCGACCCAUCAGGUUAAAAGGUUCGUCACACAUCGCAUUGUAUCAUUCCAUUUCACCUACUUCCAACCUAAUACUCUGGUGUAUUUCUCACCAACUUCAGGUGGUAGAUUGGUAUAGAUAAGGGCCGGCUUCCUUGCCUCGUGUCUCCAUCACUAAUCGAGGCUGCUUUUGAGGCCCCUGAACACCAAAGCCCUGCGUUAGUACAUCAACUAGGUGUAACUAGACCUGCUAAUAUUUCUAUCCCGAGCGCUGGCCGUUAGCUCUUGUAUCAUUCAAGUCUGUUUCAUUUUCAUCCUAAUGAAGGCUCCAGGAGAAAUUCUCGGAGUGAAACAGCAGCCAGUCGUUCAGCCUUACAAACCCCCCUGAGUUUCCUUCGACAAAUGUCACCGCCUCCCCGACCAGCGACUGGCACACCCAUGCCUCGGAUUCCCAAGGCGGCCGUUUCUUCUACUCCCACCCUUGUUGCUCCACCGGCAGCCUCACUUAACCACGCCAGUUCCCCAUACUCUCUGAGAAAUACUCGCACAGGGUCCGCUGCCAAGUCUACACCCGGGGUUACUGGGACCAGAAAGUCUGUCCGCUUCCCAGAGAUUCUGUGGGCGACCCCGGGCGGCCAUUCAGGGAGUACUUCGAGUGGCGGAGGGCAAGCACUGCCGGUCACACCUCACACCUCUAUGACAACGGGUAUAUGACUUUCCUUUAUUUAGAGAAGGCAGGACUCCUGAUAGGGACUGUGUUAAAGGCAUUCGGAAGAUCCAUUUUUCGUUAUUAAUGAUAGGUGCUUGCAGCUCUUUUCCGCGCGACAUCGCCUAUGAGGUCCAUUGUAUGCAACCUCUUUAAGUCAGGAAUUACUUUGCACUUAGUUCACAAAUGCAGUGCAUAAUGAUCGGCGCAGUUCUCCGAUCUAAAGUCUAAGUUACAGUGCCGCUCGUCUUGAAUAUGUGUUAGGAUCAUUCGCACCACUGAGUUUGAGACCCGUUAUCGUUCUAUUUUCAAAAAUCAAAUUUAAAAUUUAACAAAAAAGUCGCUGAAUGUGAGCAGAAUAAUGCGUUUUCUAGAAUCCAAAUAAGAACAGUGCUCACAUGGUCUUAUUGAUUGGUAUUUUCCAUGAAACGGCUACUGCUUCUGGCGAUUCUCCAUCGCUUAUUCGCCUAAAAUGUAUAUGCCGCAACGUCAUUUACUUCCAGUUUUGCCGAUACUGUCAAACACCAAGAUCAGCUCAUAUAUUUGGAACUUGUCACUUUCAAUCUUUCCUCCAGAUACAACCCGCCGAGUCUCGAAAUCCCGCAGGAUGGCCAGCUCAAUCGAUCCUUCCUUUAAAGCUACCAAUUCGCCGGCUUCGUGA